AAGGAACUCGAAAAAAAAGUUCACCAUUCAUGUAACAGCAUAGAUUACGCACAUAGAUCGCAUAAUUUGUUAUCAAUUGAUAAAGCAACUAAUACAAGGUCAAUCAUAGUCCCAUUUUUGAAAACCUCCAACUUGCCACCUACAACAACUUGAACUCAACUCAGCCAUGCAACAAUACUGCCAACUUCCUUAACUAUCACGACCGCGUAUCCCAAUAAUAUGGCGCCCUCCGCGAUCGAUAUUCCUGCGCUUCCCGUGCGCCAGGAAAAGACAUAUCCGCCCGCCCGAAUCUACGAUGCGAAGGAAACCAAGUUUGAGAAACCAACUCCUGCUCAGCCUGAUGGUCUCGAAGAGGCUCUGGCAAAGCCUGCCGGUACCGUCGCUAUCGUCAUCGACAAUGGGUCGUCUGCCGUUAGAGCUGGGUGGUCAUUCGAAUCGAAGCCACGAUUGAGCAUCCCUCCUAUUAUGGCCAAGUAUCGAGAUCGAAAACUUGGUAAGACCUAUUCCUUCGCAGGCUUCGAUUGUUACGCCGACACGACUGCCCGUGGACACAUCAGAAAUGCCUUUGAAGCUGGGACAGGCAUUGUCAGCAACUGGGACGUGGAAGAGCACAUUCUAGAUUGGACGUUUCUGAAGCUAGGAAUGAACAACAACGACGGUUCUAUUGACUUGCCUAUUGUCAUGACUGAGGCCGUGGCCAACCUACCUUAUUCACGAAAAUCUAUGAAUGAAAUCAUAUUCGAAUGCUACCAGGCCCCGUCAUUUGCAACCGGCAUCGAUUCUCUUUUCUCCUACCGUUACAACAAGGGUUCUACCGGACUAGUAGUCUCUUCCUCAUAUAGCUCUACCCAUGUCAUUCCCGUGUUCGAUUCGAAGGCUAUGCUAGCACAGGCUAUCCGAUUAAAUUGGGGAGGAUGGCAUGCUGCGGAAUACCUCCUGAAGCUCAUCCGUCUCAAGUACCCGUCGUUCCCAGGAAAACUCAACGCCUCUCAGGCCGAGCAUAUGAUCAGAGAUCAUUGUUAUAUAUCCCAGUCAUAUGAUGACGAGCUACGAUCUUAUUUAGACUGGACUGGGCUAGAAGACCGCGAUGUCGUAAUCCAAUAUCCCUUCACAGAAGAAGUGAUAAUCCAAAAGAGCGAAGAAGAACUCGCUAAGAUAGCCGAGCGAAAGAAAGAGAGUGGGCGACGACUACAAGAGCAAGCGGCUAAGAUGCGCUUAGAAAAGCUAAUGAGGAAAGAGCAAGAGUUGGAGUAUUACAGAAAAUUACAAAUAAAGAUAAAUGAUGCGAACAAGAAGGACACGAAACGCCUUCUUGACGCAGAGGAGAUGAAGGAUGAGGCGCAUCUUGAGCGUACAAUUAAAGAGCUAGACAAGUCCAUCAAGCGAGCCCGUACGAAGGACGUGGGUGGCGAUCCAGAAGAGGAGCAGGAGGAACCCGACUUCAGCCUCCUUGAGGUGCCUGAUGACCAAUUAGACGAAGCUAGUCUGAAGCAAAAGCGGCAUCAGCGACUUUUAAAAUCAAAUCAUGAGGCACGAGCACGUGCUAAAGCCGAGAAGGAAGCCGAGAAAGCGCGUGCUGCAGAAGAGGAACGGUUGGACAUGGAGCGACGGGUGAAUGAUCUAGAGGGCUGGCUCGACGAAAAACGAGUGGCGCGUAACCUUACGCUACAGAAAAUUAAGGAGAGAGAUCGCCUAAAGGCAGAUCUCGGAAACCGAAAGUCGCUAGCUUCACAAAUUCGCAUGAAGUCUAUCGCGAAUCUCGCGUCGGAUAACCCGAGAGGCAAACGCCGUCGCGGCGGAGACGACGAUAACUUCGGCGCAAACGACGACGACUGGGGUGUGUACAGGCAGAUCCAAGUAGGCGAAGGUAGUGACGACGAAGAAGGCGAGGAAGAUCUCGAGGUAACCCUUAAGACGCUCGAGGAAGACCUACUUCGUUAUGAUGAGGGAUUCACACACGAACAUACGUGGGAGGCACAAAACGACUGGAACAAAAGCCUCCUACACGCAUUUCUGCGUGGGCCCCGACCCUUCGACCCGUCUUCCCAAGCAGAAACCCAUCAGAUCCACCUUAAUGUCGAACGCAUACGGGUGCCGGAGGUCCUCUUUCAGCCUUCAAUUGCAGGCGUCGAUCAGGCGGGCCUUGUGGAGAUUGCUGGCGACAUCCUUACGCAACGGCUCGUGGGCAUCACAGGACUAAACCGUGAUGACUUCUUGAAGGAUAUCUUCCUAACGGGCGGUAAUACGAUCUUCGAUAGUUUCGACAACCGCCUCCGCCAGGGUCUCACACCGCUCCUACCUAUAGAUGCGCCGCUUAACAUUCGUCGCGCCGGCGACCCGUUGCUAGAUGCGUGGCGCGGCGCCGCUCAGUGGGUUGGCACGCCAGCCUGGAAGACGGCUACAGUGACCAAGGCAGAGUAUCAGGAGAAGGGACAUGACUACUUGAAGGAACAUGAUAUGGGUAACUCCUAUCCCUAGAACCCACGCUUUCGGCAACGACCAUCCGUUAGUCCUGCCCGAUUCGGACCCACGACAGAUCACGAAGGGUAAGGGUUUCUUCUGCUUAGGUUACGUCGAAUCUCCGCUCGGAGAAACGAAGGACGGGGGGGAGGAGGAGGCGAUGGAGGAAUGACAAGGGGACAAGGGGAGGACAACGCAAAAAACGGAAUGUGGAUUUUUUACUUACAUACUGCUAUGUACCCUUCAAACGUCGCCUGCCUAUCUACCUGCCUGCCUGCGCGCGCGCGGAUCGUCGUUCGGAAUCAUGUAUUUUAAAUGGUUUUACCAGAGCAAAGCAGGCUGAGGAUCGGGAAGUUGCCCGCUAGGCGGAUCUGUCACCGCAGUCUUGGCGGGGAUGGGACGAUCCUUCGGACUAGGUAGGCUACAUCGCACCAUCUCGUCGCAGCGGUGUAAGCAAGGAUAAUAUAGGUACCUAUCUUAUUACCUCUUAUAGCUGGCGCGGAUGCGAUCGAUUAAUGAGGGAAGACAAAUUUCCACGAUAUCUAUAGCAAGCUCCUCGUCCUAGAUAACGAUAAAUAAUGAAAUAAAGGCAAUAGGGAAAUC